UCCACACCCGCCGGCGCAGCCCCGCCACGAGACUCUGACAGCGCGCGGCCCGCGCUGCUCGGGCGCCCAGGCACGGACCGCGGCACGGACCGCGGCGGCGGCGGCGGCGGCGGCGGCGGCGGCGGAGGAGGAGGAGGAGGAGGACCCGAGGACGCGAGGACCGCGGCCCGGCGCCCAGUGCGGGAGGCGCGCGGGGCCGGCGGCGCGCAGGGACCUCUUCUGAAGCAGCUGGGAGCUCAGAAUGUGUUGCCACCUCUGAGCAGCGGGCCAGCCAGGAAAGCAGGAAGGGAUGGUUUGGAGCCCAGCCAGGGCCUGAGGAGUGAGCAUAAUCUGCAGACCGCUGGCCCUGGAGCCCCCGAGAAAGACAAGCUCCACCACUGGGGAGACUUGAGAAGAAUCGAUGCUUUGGCCCCCAGCAACAUGUACACGGUGUAAUGACAGGAAAUGAGCAGGUUUGCAAGGAAACUGCUGGCCUGAAAUUUAAGAGGAAGGCAUCACUGCUGGGCUCUGGCUGAGAACAUGGCCAAUGGCAUCGACGAGCUCAUCGGCAUCCCCUUCCCCAACCACAGCAGCGAGGUCCUGUGCAGCCUGAACGAGCAGCGGCAUGACGGCCUGCUCUGCGACGUGCUGCUGGUGGUGCAGGAGCAGGAGUACCGCACGCACCGCUCCGUGCUGGCGGCCUGCAGCAAGUACUUCAAGAAGCUCUUCACGGCCGGCGCCCUCGCCAGCCAGCCGUAUGUCUACGAGAUCGACUUCGUGCAGCCCGAGGCCCUGGCCGCCAUCCUGGACUUCGCCUACACCUCCACGCUCACCAUCACCGCCUCCAAUGUCAAGCACAUCCUCAACGCCGCCAGGAUGCUGGAGAUCCAGUGCAUCGUGAACGUGUGUCUGGAGAUCAUGGAGCCCGGUGGCGACGGCGGGGAGGAGGACGACAAGGAGGAUGACGACGACGAGGACGAGGACGAGGAUGAGGAGGACGAGGAGGAGGAAGAAGAGGAGGAGGAAGAUGAGGAGGACGAGGAGGACGACACUGAGGACUUUGCUGAUCAAGAAAACCUGACUGACCCCCAGGACAUCAACUGCCACCAAAGCCCUUCCAAGACAGACCAUCUCACAGAGAAGGCCUACUCGGACACACCCAGGGACUUCCCCGAUUCCUUCCAGGCCGGCAGCCCCAGCCACCUGGGCGUGAUCCGGGACUUCUCCAUUGAGUCUCUACUGAGGGAGAACCUGUACCCCAAGGCCAACAUCGCUGACAGGAGACCCUCCCUGUCUCCGUUCGCCCCUGACUUCUUCCCACAUCUCUGGCCAGGGGACUUCGGUGCCUUCACCCAGCUGCCCGAGCAGCCCAUGGACAGUGGGCCACUGGAUCUGGUCAUCAAGAACCGGAAGAUCAAGGAGGAGGAGAAGGAGGAGCUGCCCCCACCCCCACCACCCCCCUUCCCCAGCGACUUCUUCAAGGACAUGUUCCCCGACCUCCCUGGGGGGCCGCUGGGCCCCAUCAAGGCCGAGAGUGACUACGGUGCCUAUCUCAACUUCCUGAGUGCCACCCACCUAGGGGGCCUCUUCCCGCCCUGGCCCCUGGUGGAGGAGCGCAAGCUGAAGCCCAAGGCGUCCCAGCAGUGCCCCAUCUGCCACAAAGUCAUCAUGGGGGCCGGGAAGCUGCCGAGACACAUGAGGACCCACGGGGAGAAGCCAUACAUGUGCAACAUCUGUGAGGUCCGCUUCACCAGGCAGGACAAGCUGAAGAUCCACAUGCGGAAGCACACGGGGGAGCGGCCCUACCUGUGCAUCCACUGCAACGCCAAGUUCGUGCACAACUACGACCUCAAGAACCACAUGCGCAUCCACACGGGCGUGCGGCCCUACCAGUGCGAGUUCUGCUACAAGAGCUUCACGCGCUCCGACCACCUGCACCGCCACAUCAAGCGCCAGAGCUGCCGCAUGGCCCGGCCCCGCCGCGGCCGCAAGCCCACCGCCUGGAGGGCCGCCAGCCUGCUCUUCGGGCCCCCGGGCCCCACGCCCGAGAAGGCCGCCUUCGUGGUGCCCCCGGCGCUGGGCGAGGUGGGCGGCCACCUGGGCGGGGCGGCUGUGUGUCUCCCGGGCCCCAGCCCCGCCAAGCACUUCCUGGCGGCGCCCAAGGGCGCGCUGAGCCUGCAGGAGCUCGAGCGGCAGUUCGAGGAGACGCAGAUGAAGCUGUUCGGGCGCGCGCAGCUGGAGGCCGAGAGGGACGCGGGCGGCCUGCUGGCCUUCGCCCUGGCCGAGAACGUGGCGGCCGCGCGGCCCUACUUCCCACUGCCCGACCCGUGGGCCGCGGGCCUGGCCGGCCUCCCCGGGCUCGCCGGCCUCAGCCACGUGGCCUCCAUGUCGGAGGCCGACAACUAGCGGUGCCGGGGCCCCCCCGCGGCCCUGGCCCCUGGCCCGUCAGGCCUCCCCCACACCCGCAUCCGCAUCCGGGGCUCUGAACUUUUUCUUUCGAAUCACAGAGGAAGCGUGAAAAGUAUGCUGUCAGCCACAGCGCUCUUUGCAGGCGUCCUGCAGCCUCCCGCUCCCCUCCCCUCGACACCUCCUCCCUGAGGGCCUCCGCCGGGCUGGCUCUCUGCUGCCACGCAGAAACUCGCAGGGGAGGGGCCGGUGCCACCAGGAGGCCACAGCCCAGGUGCCCAGGAGCUCUGUGGAGCUGCAGGGGGAGGGGGCCAGAGGGAGGAAGGGGCCUUGGGAGCAGGGGCGAGGCGUGCGCCCUCGCAGCCCGGUGGCACAGUCCCUACUGAUCCUGCUCUGCUGGGUCGCUUUUCCAGUCUCCAGCCAUCCCAGGGUCCUCAUGGGAAAUGCCCUGUUGGCGGAGAGGCCUCCUCCUGGAGUCCCACCCGCCUGUCUCUCCCUCCCUGUCCCGUGACCUCAGGCAGGCCAGUCCCCCACCGCACUAGGAAGGGAGGCUGCUAAUUCUGUUUCCCCCCUCAAACCCACCCACCCACACGCGUAUACACCCCAACACACCAGUCGCUCCACGAAGAGUUCCUGAGGAGGUAGGAGCUUUGAGCUCCCCGAGGCCUGGCGAAGACGUCUGUCUCACUGCAUGUGGUUUUAUCACAUCCACCUCUCUGCUAGCACGGGGGGAGCGACGUCGUCACCAGAGGAGACGGGAGUGACACAGAAGAGCCCAGGUGUGGCUUUCCCAGAUAGCUUUGGGGCAGUCCGGAUCCUCCCCACCUCUGCGGGCAGGCGGGCCCCUGGGGACGGCACCCCCCGGCCAGGGCUGUACAGCUGGGGCUCCCGGGGCUCCUGGGGCCAGCACAGAAGGGAAUGGGCACCACCUCGGACACCUGCUGACCCACCCCCUCCACCCUGAUUCCUGGAAACAGACAAAACACCUGGUUCUUCAGGGUUUAUGUUUGUUGUGGGUCCCUCAGGGCUUUGGGAUUGCUGGGAUUGCCUCCUUUGCUGUCUUUGAGCACCCUCAACCCCUCCCUCAUCCCUCAGGGAGGGAGCUGGGCCUCUUGGUUUCCCUGGGUUGGGGGGGCGGGGCGGAGCCCUGGCUCGGGGUGGGUGUGAGGGCGCCUUGAGCUAGGGCCGCCCCACUCGCCCUGGUGCCUGAGCCUGUGGCUGGUUCUGAGGACCAUGGAGACUUUCCUGGCCCAGCGCCUUCCUGUUCUCUCCACGUCCCUGCGCCUCCCUCCCUUCCCUUGCUGAGGUGGCCUUCCUGUCUCAGCAGCCCAGUGUCCCCAAUCCAGGCCCAGGCUCCCCAGUCCAGGAGCUGUGGGCACAAGAGACUUGGGCUCUUCCUAUCGCCUUGGCUUCUUUCUGAGCACACACACACACACACACACACACAAAAAGGCCAGAGAAGACCACAGACUCUGUCCCCCUCCCAGCUCCCCAGGGGAGAGCCCUGGCUCCGCAGCCCGCCAGAUGCCAUUGCAUCCAGAGGGAAUUGCUUCUGACCCUCUUGUCUUCAGACGCCACCUUUCUGGGCAGCCGCCUCUUGGAUGCCCGCCUCCGUCUCUGACACCUGCUCCUGGGACCAUUCCGCCAACAUGCCCACGUUCCCCCCAUCGGCCAAGGGACUGGGGCUGACCCACACUUUUAAGAGAAAAUGAGGAAAAAUGAACACAUUGGAAUCCAGUGGUGUUGGGGCUUUUGUUUUUAUUUUGUAAAGGUAAUGACUUCUUAUAAACUCAGUUUUUCAGAUGA